CUGGCUGAUGGGCUGAUGCACCAUGAUUCCCCUUCGACAUUUCUCGACGAUGAUUUAAUCUCCCGUCAAUUCAGAAUUGAGAUCAGAACGCAUGGGGGAGCCACUACCGAGGUUCCAAGGUUGAUGAAAAAUACGGCAUCUUGCAUCAGGUCGAGAGCACGCCACGAUGCGACGCAACGCCCACCAUCGCACAGCAGGAGGCCGUGCCACUCCAACAACUCCUUGCUUCAAGCGUCUUGUCUAUUUCUUGAGCCCAUCUAUAUCCCAGCCUCUCAGAUCUUGGAACCACCGCCGACAAACCCAUCUAUCACAGCCGUGAUCAGACGGUUCGCAAUGGCCGUGUGGGGCGGCAACCGCAGGCCGCCCUCCUUGUAACCAGCAGGCGCCGGCUCCCCAAUACCAGAGACGCCAACCUGCAGCGCCUCCUUGACCUCCUCGGUCGAGAACCACCGCGCAUCGACGAGCUCCGGGUCGUGGCCCAGGUCGAUCUUCUCGCCGUCGCCGGGCGCCGCCUGCGCGAUGGCGCCGAUCAUGAGCGACGCGGGGAAGGGCCACGGCUGCGAGCUGUGGAUGACGACCCGGCUGAGCCGCACGCCGCUCUCCUCCCACACCUCGCGCCGCACCGCCUCCUCGAUCGACUCGCCCGGCUCCAGGAACCCGGCCAGCGUGCUGAACCAGUGCGGCGGGAACCGCUUGUUGCGCCCCAGCAGCAGCCGCUGCCCGUCCGCGCUCACCACCGCCACGAUGAUCGUCGGGUCCGUCCGCGGGAAGCAGAUGUUGGACACCCCGUGCCGCGACGCGCAGUCCGGCCGCUCCGUCAGCUUGCCGCCCGCCAGGUCCGUCGGCGGGCAGGACCGCUUCGUGCCUGCGUUUAUCGAGAGCGUCUUGUGCCCGCACUGUGCGCAGAAGGGGAUCCGCCCGUUCCAGUCGAGGAGCGAUCGCGCGUUGGCGUAGAUGGCCGCUGUGAGGGGGGUAGAACGAGCCAAGUGUCAGCAAGCAAGCAUUCCAUGUCUCGAGUUUUGUGGGCCGUGCAAGGUGGUGGUGCCCCUUACCUUCGCUGGCUGCCAGCCCCAGAUGCCUCUGGUUCUGGUAGAACUUGUAUCCCUUCGCCUGGACAGCGUCGACGACCUUGUUGGCCCCCUCAGCCCCAGCACCGUUGGGCGUGACGUCGACCGCAAAGUACGGCCUGCCCUUGUACUCCUUGUACUUGAACUCCGGGUCUCCCGCCGGCGCCGGGACCUUGUUCGCCUCGUCCAGCCCGAGCAGCAGGAUGAGCGGCUUGAACUCGUCCGAGUUGAAAUCCUUGAUCAUCUGCUCCUCGCUCUUCUCGAACGGGUCCGGACCCGUGAAUGGGGUAACGUCUGAGUAUCCCACAUAGGCGAGCCGUUUCUCGGUGUCGUCGACGAGGGGUGCGAGGUUGUUCAGGAGGAGGAAGCGCGCCGACGGGUGCGAGAAGGCCGAGCGGAGGAAGCCAUGGUCGCCCCGCAGGAAGCCCACGCGGUUGAGCGGGCUGCCGGCGAAGUAGUUUGACACCUCGCGCCCAAACUUCCUGGACAGCAUCGAGUCGUCGUCUUCCAGUAUCGGAAGGUCGGGGAUGGCCGCUCCCAUGAUUCUCGGUCUGUUUGCUUGGGGGUGGAGGGGAGGGGGGGGGUUUGUCGUGGACCGCUCGUUGGUUUGCUCGUGGGAAGGGUAAGAUGGGGCUUCGAAUUCCUAUCCUAUGAGCCGCAGCGAUCACCGUUGCCAGAGGAGAAGUGCCAGGUGAAGUUGCACACCGCUGUCGAGCCCAUCGUCAUGGACGGGAUCUCGGGAUGGUGGGGUCUUGAAGGGGCGAUCACCGGCGCUGAUUAAUGCGAUUUUUGAGAGUCUCCGAGGCCCCGGGCCAAACUGCCGGCUCGGCACCGGUGAGUCCCACCCUGCCUUAUCCGCCCCAUGGGGAAUGAAUACCCUGAGGGGGUCUAUGCCUCUAUCCUGCAUCGGUAUUGAGCGGUUUUGUCGUUCUCAACUUGAGCUGUACUAUCUUAUUACUGCUAUUGGUCUUUGUGCGCAACCGACCUAGGUAAGUUGUUGGUCUGAGACCAAACUAGGCCUGUAGACUUUCUCCGACAGGAAAUAUCAAUGAGACUGGCAUUCCGGGGCCACGUGGCCCGGGUAGUUGCCCAAAAGUGCCAGCUGGCGGGUUUCCAUGGGCGAGAGUGAAAUGGCACCAAACUUGACGCGCAAAUUACGAGGAAUUGCGACAACCAUAAUCCAUCAGGCCUUUGAAUUUGGGACUCGCUACGCCCAAAGAGGAAAGGUCGCCCUACGUUUACCAUCAACAUCUUGGAUCAACAUCUCAUUGAUUUUUAAGGAACCAAAAUAUAACUAACCCCUGUAGCGAGUCUCAAGGGGAGUACUAAAUCCAAAGGCCCGAUACUGUUCGGAAUUUCCCAUGUAUCGUAGCCAACAACGUGGAACCAAGCUUCAACGCACCUUCCAAGGCUACCGAGAUGCAGAGGCCUGGGCCGCCUGGGUCGCCCCGAAGGAUUGGGAGUACGUCCAAUGUUGGUAGACUAUUGAACCAACACCGAGGUCAUUAAGCGAUUGGGUGACAGCCCUGGGCCGCGACCUAGAGGCCCUGAGCCCGCCAGCAGGUAGAGACCAUAUCUUGGCAAGUCACCCCGGUUUUUUUCUGCGAAGUAGAAGAUCUGCCAAGGGAUCUCCUGGCCAAACAUCGCGGACCUAGCCCCAUAGAUGGUACCUGAACAACAGAGCGCAGCCGUUGCAGGCAUUUCAUCCCGGCGGACUGCUUGCGACAAGUGCCGUUUUGCUAAGGCAAGAUGUCUACGUGCACAGCAGCCAGAUCAAUCACGGUGUGAUCGUUGCUCCCGAACCGACUCCCCGUGCUUUACAAGCCCAAUCUUCAGGCUACGCAGCUGGCAACCUCCGGCCGCCAGCACAGUCGACCAAGUUGGCCUCAUUGCUGAUUCGCCUGAUCAGCGUGGUCAACCAAGGAAACGUCAAAGACGCCAUGCCGAGAAGCGAUCUCCUCAAGCCUCCUCGGCUACAACGCCAAGUGAGUCGAACGGAACCCUGGACGAGCAGCUGCGGGAUGAAUAUGCGGCACACAACCCUACGGGUGCUGCCAACAACUUGGCAACAGACCGUAACUGCAACGCGAACGCGCAUCCAUCCCAUCCGCUAGAUGUCCUCUACGGGCCUGAUCUGGGAGCAAGCCUGGAUGGAGGAGCCCUUGGAAGCAUCAACCACGACUUUGUGGAUUUCUCGGACCAUUUUUUCCCAACAGGCGCCUCGCCAUCUACGGCCGACUCUGCAGCCUCACCCUCAUUGCAAGCCCAGAACACCCAGCUGCCCUGGGGCAUUGGCGAAAUCGACGGCUCUGAUCUUGCACAUACCAGGCCUGGGAGUGCGACAGAACACAGAAAUGGGAGGCCGGCGGACGACACGCCUCCGCGGAAGCUCUCGCAACUUCACCAUGAGCUCAUGGCGACCCUUUCCCACGUCACGAAGGAUUGCCCGGGGCUGACGAUGGGGGCGAUUUUUGAGAGCAGCACGGACACCUUCCACCCAUCGACCAUGGAACAGAUUCUCAACAGGACGACGGAAUUCGCAGCUAUACUCAAGCUGCUGGCUGAGACCCAUAUGCCACCUGUGGGAGGGUCAGCAGCGGACACGUCAACACAAAUAGUCCAUAACAAGCGACCGAGCAAUGCCUCCAGCAUAAGUAUCUGCGACCAUGAUAGUGUGCUGGGCUCGCCAGCAGACACAAGCCUGUCGGCCGAACAGUCGCCGUCGCCCAUCACCAUUCCACCAGCGCAUGAGAAGCUCGAUAUGUCGUCCUUGCUCCUCAUCCUUGCGAUCUAUAUGCGCUUGCUGAAGCUCCACUCGGUCGUUUUCGCCCAUCUGCACAACCACCUCAAAGAGCUUUCCGAGAGUGAGCACCCGCACCUGCGUCCGCUCCUGAGGUUCAGCAUCAACAGUAACUUUUACAUGCCUUCCGACUCUGGAAAUUUGCAAAUCCUUAUCCUCUUAGAGACUGUGACGAGCCUGUUUGAAAGGCUGGAUGCGCUGCUGGGCCUGCCCAAGGAGCUUCGGAUAAGCAGACGUCGCAGAGAACAGCAGGGCCUGCUUAGCGCCACGGAUUUCUUAGAUCUCACGUCCUUGAUCCUGAGGAAGGAAUGUCAAGAGGGGCACGCAGACGGGAAAGGAGGCAUCAAGGCCCUGCGGGUCCACCUCGCAGGUUGCAAGCAGUUGCUAAGGGAAUGCAUCGCCCCGUAGAAAGCUUUCAGCUGGAUCCAAUUCUGAUUAUUGACCCGGUCGCCGGAAAAGCAUGUUCAAGCCCUGCUCAGGACCUGUACUGUGUCAGCCCUAAGGCCGCUGUGCCGCAGAGGAUUAUCCACUGGCUGAAUACUCCCCACCCCACCAUUGUAGGUGGCAAUAGGAGCGCCACCCCUCAAGCAACCCUUUCACAACAUUACAUCGCUCGCUUGUCCGGUGCCCUGCACCGCCCACGCUGUGUGGAAAUCCUUCCAUUUCGCUUACAGCCAACUGCUGCACCGUUAUCACAGUACCAGAAGUACUCAAUCCUGUACUAGGUCAACGCUCGCACACCACUUCAGCCACCCUGUCCGGACCGUCGGAAUCAAGUGCGUGAGUCAGGCUACCUGACUUCCUCCCGAUCGUGGGGAACUCGACUUCUCCGUCACGGCCGAAAGUGGAAAGCAACUCGCUCAUGAUCGGGUGCAUGCCUAGCUCGCUAGCCUUGCGAACCCAUUCGUGCAGCGGGAUCUCUUCCAGUGUCGUACCCGAGAAAUCGACAUAGCCGUCAGCCGUCCGCUCCAGGGCCCAUCUGCGCGUGUCACCCAGCGGCAGGUCGAGCGGGCCCGCGUGGUUGGCAAAAUGUACACGGCCAGGCUGGCUGUCGGCGUGGCCCCGUAGUGCACAAUCCAAAACACCUGCGACUACAGUGUCCAGCCCGACUACGUUCACCACGCCGCGGGCCAGGCCUUCCGACUUGGGAAUGGCCCCGAGCUCCCUGGCGUACCACAGGAUGUUGUGCAUUCCGUCAAGCUGGGGGAUGUCGUCGCGGCUGAUGAGCGUGGGUCGGUGCACACAGAUGGGCCAGUGGGGGUUCACCUUGACAAGCUUCUCGAGAAAGACCUCGCUCGCCCACUUACAGGCAGUGUAGCCCAUGGAGCCAUCUGUGGGUGGCUUCACGGACGCCAUGGAGGUCUCCGUGAGUGGCACCCCGGGUGAGAAAUUCCCAAUUCCGGCACUGGAGACGUAAUGGAACGGGAUCAUCCUCGGCAUGCUCCACUCAAUAAGGUCCUUGGUGGUCAGGAAGUUCGACUGCCGUAUCGAGUGAUAUGUCUUCAUGUACGAGAUGUCGGAGCCGUUGUGAAUGAUGAGAUGGGCACGGCUGAAGAGACGCUCGAUGACAGACCUCGACAGCCCAAUGAGAGGCUGAUUCAAAUCUCCUUCGUAUAGCGUGACUUUGUCCAUGCCCCGUAGAUCUGUCCGAGUGGCGGCUUUUCUCACUCCGAGGCAAUGGAUCUCCUUCACCGUUGGAUCUCGGAUCAUGGCAUCGAUCAAAGCCUUGCCGAGAUAGCCUGAUCCUCCAGUGAGGACGACCACCUUUGAAGCGGAUUCAGUGACGUGUUGAAGCAUCCCGGAAUCCACGUCUUUCAUGCAAGGUCGCAGCUUGGUCUCCUCAUCCCAGUCAAUGGCCUGUUGCGUGUCGCAUUCGCCCCGAAUACGUUGCGCCAUGCUUGACAACAGACUAGACUCGAAGAGAUUCAGCAAUGUAAGGUCGACUCCAAACUCACUUUUGAUCUUGUCGCGUAGCUCGAGAAGUAACAACGAACUGCCGCCGAUGUGGAAGAAAUCAGUGUCUGGGGUGAUGUUCAGUGUGGUCACCAGCUCAUGGGAAAGAAGUUCUUCCCAAACGGUCUUGAGUCUUUCCUCAGUGGUCGUCCACACGAUGUCCUUUGCCACCGUUUCGCGCCCCGGAAGUGACAACAAACUGACAGCCUUGCGGUCAAGCUUCCCAGAGGCCAUUGUGGGGAGUUUCUCUAGGGGAACUAUGAAGGCAGGCCGCAUGUAGAGCGGGAGAUCGAGCUGGGAACGAAGUUUCCGUGAAAAGUCGUCGUGGGACCCCGAGGCCUGGACCGAGGUUUUCUCGAAGACGACGUGAGCGAUCAAGAACUCGGGUGACUCGAGCGAGUCCCGGCGCACCGAGACCACGGCCUCGCUCAACACGCCUCCGCCAGCGCGAACAAUGGCGUGCUCGACCUCCUGGAGGUCUACGCGCAGUCCCCGCAGCUUGACCAUGGUGUCAUCCGAGAUCCGGCCCUCUAUGAGCAGGCUGCCAGGCUCUGUCUGUGACCACCGGCCCAGAUCGCCGGUUCUUUGCAUCACGGUCCAUCCUCGAGCGAGGUCAUCCGGACUCGCGAAAGGGUCCGGCACGAAUGUCUCCGCUGUCAACCCAGCGUUGUUCAGGUAUCCGAGAGAAACCCCGGCUCCUCC